UUCGCCGGGAACGGACGCACGAGCGUCGAGCCAGCGUCGAGACGCCAGUGUUCCGAAAUACCCCGCGUCGGAAAAUCUAAAAAUAAGCCAACCCAGUUAGACAGUCAGUGUCACAUCGGGAUUUUGUCGGAUUUUCGAACGGCGGCUGUAGAAAAAAUCUGUGCGCGGCCUCCCGUGAUGUAAAUCACCGCGACGUGUCUGCGGAGGAAAGUUCGAAAAACUUUUUCCGAUCGGACAUGGUUCAUGUAAUUGAAUUCUGUUGAGUUUUCUGGUUCGAUUUAUGUAAUCGAGGAGGAUUCGGACGAUCAUAUAUCGAUGCCGAUUGUUUACGUCGUGACUAGAUUUCUGGUGUGUUUGCGUUGAAAACGUUCCUGAAUUUCAAUUGGAUUGGAUUCCCAUUGAUCAUAAAGUGUGUUCGGGGUGUUUUCUAUUGUUUAGAUGAAAAGUUCUGUGUGGUUUCAGUGAAUUGUUCCUAAUGGUAUCGAGGAGAUGCACUUCUUCAUUAACAUGGUGUUGUUCCACACUUUCAGAGUUGAUUUGGGCACUGGUGCUUCUACUUCUGACCGUACAUUCAAUAUGUCAAGGAACAAAGGUUUAUUCAGCUUCAGAUGACAAAAAAUAUCAAAAAGUCUCAAGAAGGGAAAUUAUUAUUCCGUCAGAUCAACCUUUGACGGACGAGCAUUUCAUCAGCAGUGCCCAAGGGGGAAACGCAAGAAACUCAUGUUAUCCCAUGAUAAACAUAGACAUGGAAAAGAAAAUGUUUCACAGCCCUGGAUAUCCUGCCGUUACCUACCCCAAUAACUUAGACUGCACUAUAGUAUUAACAGCCCCUGCCGGUCAUCUCGUUACUUUGGACUUCAGGGAUUGGUUCGACAUAGAAGACAGCACGGACUGCAAAAAUGACUACUUGGAAGUACGUGACGGCCCUUUCGGCUUCAACAAGCAGCUCGAGAAUAGAAGGUUUUGUGGAAAUGAAUUCCCACCGAUGAUGACUUCCAGUGACAGACAUUUAUGGAUCCAUUUUCAUUCCGAUGAGAACAUCGAGUGCAAAGGGUUCAAGGCUGUAUUUGAUUUCGUCAAAAGACCUCCGUCACUUCAGACGCCGGAGGUUAAGCCUUGCCACAUAAAGAAAGACAAUAUGGAAGAAGGACUCCUCAGCAGCUCAGAGAUAUCAAAGGAAAUAAUAAAUUUCGAUCGCCAAUAUGGUAUGCCGAUUGAUUGCCUAUGGAUCAUUGAAGUGAAAAAAAAUUGGAAGGUACACCUGCAGUUCGAGGAGUUCAAAUUAGAAGCACCCAAUAAUUGUGAAGAGAAUUUCAUACAAAUCUUUCACGAUAAAACUGAUAUGAACUCAAGAGAGAAGACGUUCUGCGGUUCAAUGGCAGAUCCUGUGAUGUCCAAGAAUAAUGUCAUGAUCCUGAGAUUCUACAAUGAACUACCAACGGACAAAACAAUGUUCGAUGCCAAUUUCACUGCUUUCAGAGAGAACGCAAAAAAUUCCCCUUCUUAUAUACCAAAAUGUGCUGCUGAUGAAUUCGACUGUGAUGACGAAACCUGCAUUUCAAGGACGUUGAAAUGCAAUAAUUUGUUUAAUUGUAGAUUUCGAUGGGAUGAAGAUGAUUGUCCGGGGAGUGCUGAAAAAAGAAAGAACAACGAACAGAUCACCAUCAUCAUGGUAGUAUUCUCGUUGAUUUUGGCUGGAAUGUGCUUUACUUUCAUAUACAACUGUGGUAGAAAAUUAGUUAGGGACCAUAGAACAAUACAGGAAUACAUUCGGCAGAGUCGCGAACAGCUGGAGUUAGACAAACAAGAGCAAAUGGAGAAGAUGUCGAAGGCGGGGAGCAGGGGCCCACGAUCGAGCAGCGGUUCACCGUCGAUCGACAGGUUCGACAUGGCGAACGUGGGGGCGACCACCCCCUGUUACGUCCCCGGGGGGGAGCUGCUACCCAUCCUGAUCAGGCACAGCGAGCACAGCCUAAGCCCGCCGAACGGGGAUCCCAACGGCCAGGGGAUUUAUACGGUGGACACGGAAAUUUUGCCGGAGAUGUGCGACAGCGCCUGCCAGACCAGGGAGAGUUUGUUCACUACACAAGGUUACAGUUCCGGAAACAGUACGCCCAGCCAUUCGAUGCGUACCAAUUCCCCUCCAGCGCCUUUCAGCACCUUCGGCUACAAGAAGGAGAACAACAAGUUCAAGGCGGAAGCCACUAUCGAGAUGAGCCACAACCCCAUCAACAAAUACGAGGAGAAGAUGAAGAGGCCGUACAGCGUGCAGACGACGAAAUCGGCGCCAGACGUCAUCGUGACCCACUGACACUUGUUGCCAGCCGAGUGGGAGCCCUACAAACGAAGACACCCUCGGCGCCACCACGCUGAAAUACUCGUUUGUCCAGACCACAGAGACUUCGUAGACAUAGAACAGUGCUCGGAACGCCACGUUCAGACGCAAACCUACGACGAAGAGUUUUCCCGAGUUACGUGACAGUUCGGGGACGGUGAGGAGACUGUGAGCAUGCACUUCUGAAAAAGGUUUCGUGAAAUGAGCAGUUUUUUUCUUGAUUCGGUGAUCAGAACUGGUUAAGCUAGAUUCAUUCUAAAAUGAGCUAUAUAUUAUUAUUGAUUUUCUCCUUUUGUUUUGGUUAUAACAACUCGCCUCCCUUAGUUUUGGUGAAUAUGAAGUCAUUGAAGGUGAUUGAGUUGAACCACUCGGCUUCAAAAUCAUGUGAUAAACUAUCGUUGAAAUAGCUAAUAAUUCAGAUAUAAGUUGUUUGCCAGUUUGCCACUUAUUGCUUAUGUCAGAGCAGAUUUUUGGAGCUACACAAUUUUUGAUUGGUAAAAUAUUCUAUGAUGAUUGCUCCUUCGGUAAUGAAAUUCAACAUCAGCAAUCUUCCUUCAUAUUCCUGCUUGAGAGCAGAUUGAUAAUAGGUUGUUUAAUAUAUCAAGAUAGAAUUGAACACUGUUGUAUUUGGGAUGGAGAAUAAUAAAAUAUCACGGAACUUCUGACGCACUUUAUGUCUA